CGGCGAUAGAGGUUGCUCUCCCCAACACCAUACAGGACAGAAGAAGUAAAUAACGAGCGUGGUCAGUGUUUUUUUUUCUUUUCUUUUUUUUUCUUUUUCUUCUUUCCUCUUCCUAUCUUCGUCGUAGAGCAGAAGUCCUCGCAACGACAAGCAUCUGUCUUAACCCCCGCGGCUUUGCAUGCGGCGCACAGUUAAGCGCGAGAGCCCAAAGAGACAGCGGAGGGAACGGAAGUUUGGAAAGCUCGGGAGCACUAGGAGUGAAUGGUUGAACCCAGCCCCCCAGCGCUGCAUCUCUAUGCCAACGGGGAUGUCAGCAUGGGUGUCGGUGUUAAAUUGGAAAAAGAGGAGCCUGGCGAAGGGUGCGGCGCCAUUACCAGUGUUGAACCAGCUAAAACAUCCCUUUCGCGAGAUUGGCCAGGAAAUCAGCCGGUGGAGGUCCGCCAGCUCACCCCACCCCUCUCCCGUUCCCCUUCGGAGGGCUCCCCAGGUAAGGAGCUGAAUGAAGUAAUGCCGACCAUUGAGAAGCUGCUGAAAUGCCGACUGGAGGAAACUCUGGAUAAAAGCUGUGUGGGGGCAGGACAACUCAAAGGUACCCCGGAGUCCCUAGCAGAGAAGGAGCUCCAGCUGUUGCUGAUGAUAAACCAGCUGAGUGGUUUGAGGGAGCAGCUUCUGGGGGCACACUCAGAGCAGAGGAAUAUGGCCGCGCUGCUCUUGGAGAAACAGCAGCAGCAGAUGGAGCUGGCCCGGCAGCAGCAGGAGCAGAUAGCCAAGCAGCAGCAGCAGCUGAUCCAGCAGCAGCACAAGAUCAACCUGCUUCAGCAACAGAUCCAGGUGAACAUGCCCUAUGUGAUGAUUCCAGCUUUCCACGCCAAUACCCAUCCCCUCCCGGUCACCUCUGACCCCCAGAUGACCCUUCCCCUGCAGCCAAUCCCCUGCAAGCCAGCAGUGGACUAUCCCAUGCAGCUGCUGCCAAAUCAUCACUCCACCCCCGUCAGGAGGAGCGGUGGCUCCACCCGACAGGAAGCCAGUCAGCCCUUGAACCUGACCUCCAAGCCGAAGGGGCUGGAGCUGGGGAAAACGCCCAGCCCCCAGAACUUUGAGCUGGGAUCAUUAGCGCUCCAGGGCGCCUACAGACCCAGGGACAUCCAGAGAGAGUUGUCUCACAGUCCCCCACGUUCUGCCCUGAGUUUCUUAGGAGAAGGUGACGUUGUUACUCAGGCGAUCCACGAUGCCCAGCAGCUCCUGAGGAGCCAGGGAACCAGGGAGACAGAGAGGGAGCGGGAGAGAGAUCGAGAGCGGGGCAGAGAGAGGGACGGCUCCAGCAAGAUAGAGUACAAGGAGACUGUGCGAGGUGAGCGGCUACUCCACGCUGAGCGCAGUGAAGACAUGCAGGUUCUUAGAUCCAAUGAGGAUCACCUCAGCAGUGACUCUGAGGGUCCACUGUCAGCCUCCGGUACGGGGAGCUAUGUAGAGGCCCGGCCCCCACCCUCCUCUGGUCACAUCAAGAGGCCCAUGAAUGCGUUUAUGGUUUGGGCCAAGGACGAACGCAGAAGGAUCCUCCAGGCGUUCCCCGAUAUGCACAAUUCCUCCAUCAGCAAGAUACUGGGGUCCAGGUGGAAGGGCAUGUCUAACCAGGAGAAACAGCCCUACUAUGAGGAGCAGGCUCGGCUGAGCAGGCAGCAUCUGGAGCGCUACCCUGACUACAAAUACAAACCCCGUCCCAAAAGGACCUGCAUCGUGGAGGGCCGAAGACUGAGGGUGGGCGAGUACAAGGCGAUGAUGAAGAGCCGCCGGCAAGAACAGAGAGCAACGUAUGCUCACAGCCAAUCAGAGCCUCAGCAGAUACACUAUGCCCCCAGCGACGGCCCAUACCCGGGCGGUACCGGCUCAGUGUCUGUGGCAACCAUGCCGUUUCACCCUGCGAUGCUGGAGCAUUACCUGCCCCAAGUCCCGCCCCCACGGCGAACAGAGGGACAAGCCACCCCCACUCCUCUCCCCAGAGAGAGGGAGCAAGAGAGGGAGAGAACCCCGUACAGCGAAGUAGAGGAGAGUGACGGAGGAGAGAGGAGUGAGGGAGAGCUGGUGCUCCUGACAGACUGAGAGGAGAUGGGUUAUGAAUGAGGGAAGAGCGGGGAGCGCUUUUCAUUGACUGACCACAUCAGAGAGAGGACGGCGUAAACAGAGAGAGGGAUUGAGUCUGCAGUGAAUGGGAAGUCUAUCCUUCUGCCUGACAAAAGUGAAGAGAUUUGGUGACAGAGGAGUUGUACUCUCUCCCAUGUAAAUUAGUUCAACCUCCCAUCUAUCCCACCAAAGCGCACGCCGCGCGCGCGCACACACACACACACACACACGUGCGCGUGCUAGCGCCCCCCCCCCCCCGUUACCUUUGUUUAUAUCAACAGCUGUUUAGUGUUAGGAUAAUGCUGUAGAUCUAUCCUUUAAUGCCUUACUCCUCAGUUAUCCAUCCUAAUGUUGACCUUGUGUAGCUACGGCUGAGAGUUGUACAACCGCUAUUUGUCCAGACCAUGUCUAUUAUUGCUUUUUGUUAAAUCAGACAUUAUGCCAGCACUUCAUGUUAAUUCAUGAAUGGAGGCAGACAGUUAUGUUAAAAGCGUCUCUGCAACCUUACAGGCGCUAUAAAAUAGAGCUGGGUGCGAUCAGUAUGCGAGUGCUGCCCCCUGCUGUUGAGAUUGAGAACAGCGCCAAACAAAAUUUCAGUCUGCCUAACGGAGUAUGCAACAGGAUGUUGGAACUUAAUACUGCAUAUUUGGAGCUAACGUUCAUAAACAGAAAAGUAUUUUAGCUCUAAGAUUAUGUUGAUUCUAAGGUGAUUGUUUAACCCAACCCUUAUUGCUCUGGGGAUUUAGCCCUUGUAUUACUGCCCAUACUACCUCUCUGGUCCUUCCCUGUCUGUCAGCUUUUCCAGACUGCACUUUGACUGAAGCCUUUGCCCUGUGUUUUUUUCAACAGCGCACACCAACUCCCUUCUUCUCCUCUAGCUAUGCUAGUGCCAGAUAGAGGGAAAUGGUGUGUCUACAAAUAUAAAGGCAUAAAAGACACAACGUGAAGUGAAGAGUAGAGGUAGUCGAUCAUGUGCCAUGGAGAGUCAUGUGUACACAGGUUUGCUUUCCAACCCAGCGCUACACCAGUUGAUUUCACUAGAACUCCUACCUAAAACGGCCAUGGGCGGUCAAAAUGACGGCCGGUUUUUAAACGCUAUAUUCUGUCAUGAUAAUACCCAAUUGAGAUAUUAAUGCAUUGGAUAUGUUAGUAUGUCUGUUAGGAAACGACUGACACCAAAAAUUAACAUUUUAACAACUAUAAUACUAUUUUUAAAUAAGUUAAACUUCAGAGACACAUGGUCGAAUUUGAAUAGCAAAAUUGAAAAAUUGGAAAUAUUGCCCGAAAAACAAAACAGAAAACACAUAUUGCCAAUCUAACAAACGUAAAAAAAGAACUGAAAAUAACCAUUGAAACAGUCCCAAACAAUGACCGGAACUUAAAAAAAAAACAACACCUUUAACCAGACAGGGGAGGACGAGUGUAGUGUUGGGUUGAAAGAAAACCCUCCUAUUGAACCGGUUGUUGCACUUAAAUCCACAAUGAAAUCCUUCUCCCCUCCCACAUCACACCCUUUCCAUACUUGCUAUUUGUGUGUGCGUGUGUGUGCGUGUGUGUACUUGUACCAAAUCCGUUUCCUUUUGUAGGCUGACCUCAACCUUGCCUUUUUUAUGUACCUCUUGAGUGUGCCUCUGAGUGUUUUUUGAUUAAGGUCGUGUUGAGCACCUUGUGUCCUUGUGCACAGUUGUCUCUCCUCAACCCCGCGGGUGCAGUCGUUUCUUUGGAGAUGCAGCCAGCCGCGCCCCUCGACGAAUCAGUCAGCCUCAGAUUGAGGGUGAGGCCGGGCUCUAUCCAAAUGGGCUUUAGCGUUCUCCUCUUCCCCUUGUUAUCGUUCACCGUCCCGCUCCAUGGUGGUCUGACAGGAAAAAAGCAAAUCCUCCACAGUUCUGAAAAAAUAACUGCGUAGGAUUUGCGUUUUUCAAUUGCACUGGAAAAGGAAGUAACUGUUAAUUUUAAGGAUGCACUUGUGAAUCCCUCUUUGGUGUCCACAGAGGUGGUAAAAGGGUCAGAUGAUGGUUUUGGGGGAUUUUUUUUUAAUGUCCUGGAAACAGUUGUUGCUUUCAUGAUGCUGUAUGUAUAUACCACAUGUGCUGACAUGGGGGUCAAUCCAUCUUUUGCUGACUGCAACUCCUGAUCAUUCAUGGAAAAAAAGAUAGCGUUAACCCCAGCACGGUGCACAUCCUACUGAAGGAGGUUCCCUUCCCCGCUUCGCAAUGCGCAGAGCAAAUAUGCUGGGUUUGUGUACAAAAAUAAAUAUCAGACAAAACUGUUUUAUCUUAUUUUAGUGGAGACACGCUGAGGCGUCACCUAUUGUCACCCCUGCUGAUGUAAAUAUAGAUAGACUUUAUUUUGUUUAUAAGAGCCUGUGUAAUUUAACGGUGUACAAUUUCUGUAUGUUUUCCAAGUUUUGUGAGUUUGUUUUUUGAAAGAUAAUAAAUCGA